AUGAUUACUGUAUUUGUGUAUUUUUGCGUAUUUGCAUCGCUGCUCGGGCGGUUCGGCUUCGCUGUUGACGUAUUCUGCGGAAAUUUGACGAUUUUCGAACAGCAGCGAUUUGGCGCCAAUUCGGUCGCGCUAUCGUCGCAAGAGACCAGCGAUUUGAAACAAUGCCUCGAGCUUUGUUGCUCUGUUAUAAACUGCCGAGGAGUGACAUUCACUGGUGUUAUAAUACCUCAUAAAGGAGAGCCGAAUUGCCUUUUGGUCGCAUGUCGAGGAGAAUCUUGUGAAAUGAACGAACGGGCAGAGUAUAGCGACGGGUUAAUCUCCGUACUCAUCGACAGGACUCAGGUGGAACCAACAGUUUCUGCCAACUUUUCGCUAUUGCAUUCGACUACAGUGGCAUUUGACGCUACUACGACAGAUGCAUUCGAAACCUCUUCACCGAUCUAUUCUACCGUAACCCCAUUCGGCUCCAGUACGGUACCUUUCGAAGAAAACACGACUACCGCCACUCAUAAAGCUUCUUCAAUGGCACUGGCCCCUGUAUGGGCAGUGGGGCUGGCCAUCGUAAUCGCAGUGGUUUGUGUUGGGCUGAAUCUCGGCUUACUCUCAGCUUACAUCUGCUAUCGACGACAGAAUUCACGGAAGCAUACGAUGCAAAUCACGGCCAACAAAGGGCCGACGCUGCACGCCUACAAUCCCACAAUCUAA